GCCAUAUUUAUUCCUCGUGUGGUGAAAGUUGUCAUAAAAUUAAAAAAAUGUAAAGUAUUCUUGUUGUAUUUAUGUUUAUACAUUAUUAAGAAUUUUAGUGCAAUUAUGGCGAACGAACUUAAUAGCAGUACUGAACAAAAUUCACCAAAUAUUAACGAAGACGACGCCGAAAAGUCACUUGUUGGGAAAUUCAAAUCAAUUAUCAGCAACACACCUUUGUCCAAAUGGUUCCGAAGACAAAACAACAGUAAAUCAACAAUAAGAAGACGGGAGGACGAUGAAGAAUCCAAUGAAAUGCAGCCUCCUUCGAAACGAGCUCGGUUACCGGACUCGGCCGGAUCGGGCUUCAUCAAUUUGUUCUCCGGCUCCGUGUUGGAUAAUAAUGCGUACAGUGAUACGUUUAUAAACAAAACGCAUAAUUACUUUUCCGAACCCGUCGCUGGGCCAUCCGGUUUAAAAACCCACAAGGUGCUUAACAGUGUUACGACUAAUACGCAUAGUGCUAAGAAUUUAUUCAACAAUGACUUGUUAAACGGAAACAAAGACUCAGAUAGUGAGGAAUCCACAAGUGGUUACUCUUCUGUAGCUAGGAUAGGAAAUAAGGAACAAGCGUCCCAUAGCGAGGGAAGUUCCAAGCAACCGUCACCUUUACAAACGAAUUCACCAAACAUCAGGUCCUUAUUUCAGAGUCCAGCUGCCAGCGCAAAUCGUUCUCUAUUUGCCGAAAGAACUGGGAGCCCCAAAUUAAACACAUCGUUGAGUUCCAGAAGGCCGUGCUUCAGCGCGUCGACGUUCGGCUCGCCGAACUUCCUCGAUAGAACAAUAUCAACGGAGAAAAUCAUCAAUUCCCCGUUCUACAAUGGAACGACCAUGUACGGGGGCGCUUCGGCCUACGGGAAACGGUUCGGUAAAGGCGCGAAGGAUUCCAGGGCGUCGAUCAAGCGAUCGGUGCACAUCAAACCGAUCAACAAGACCAGGCAAGGCGGCGGUUUUGUUUUGGGCAAAACGGCGAGGAAAAUUUUAGAGACUUUAGAACAAUACAAUACUCCCGUUAACGAUGCGAAGAAGAUACCUGUUGCUUCGAAACGAUUUCGACCCGACGAUAGCCUGUUGGGUUCGCAUAUCGGAGUCAAUCCGUACUUGAAACAGAAACGAUCCGCUCUAACCACCGAACUCCAAGUGCCCACGGUGUCGGAUUUGUUGAAAAUGAAGCAGAAGGUUAAGCUGCAAACCAGCACGGAAACGGUCAGGCAAAUCGCCAUAUCUGCUCCGUCUGAUUCGAACAAACGUUCGGAAACCGACGCGAAUUCCUCGCCUAAACCUAGUUUACACGUCUCUAACGCGAGCAAAUCGCCGCGAUUAAAAGAAAAGGAAGAUGUCCAAAGUACGAAGGCCGUUGAGAAACCCAACGAAGCUAAGAAAUCAAAAAGUAUUACUCCGGCGCAAACUAAUAAACCUCAAUCGACCGCCAGUCUUCCAUCGUCAAACUUACCGCAGUUCGUUAUCCAGCCGGCUUCGCCGAUCAGAGAAGACGUCACCGACAAACCCUUCGCGGAAACCCCCGCUUCGAAGCAGCCGCGACCCAACGAACCGCGAGAUUGUUCUGCGACCGCGCCGAAAGACACGUCGCCUUACAAGUUCUCGAAUCCCCUCGUCAUAGCCGAGAACCUCAAGAGCAUCGUGGCCGUGAACAACUUCAAAUUCAGCGAGCCUCUGUCGAAAUGCGCCAAACCGAACAGCGCGGCGCCGCCGACGAAAGGCAAAAACAACGGCCAAACCACCGUCAAAGACGCCGCGUCCAAUUCGAGCCUCUUCGACAAAUUCAAACCGGCCGCCGGCACGUGGGAGUGUCCCAGCUGCUUGGUGCGAAACCAGCCCGACAAGGGCAAAUGCGCCGCCUGCGGAGCGUCCGCCUCCAAAGCGACAGCGAAGCCGUCGUUCGGCGACAAAUUCGCGAAACAGGACGACGUCUGGGUGUGCCCCGCGUGUCUGAUAAGGAACGGCAACGAUCGCUCGGAGUGCGCCGCCUGCGAAACGCCCAAUCCCGAAACGUCGGCGCCCGUCUCGUCGUCGAAUUCGCUGAGCAAGUUCCUGCCGCGCUCCAACACCUGGGAAUGCUCCACGUGCAUGAUCAGGAACGACGAGAACCUGGGCAAGUGCGUCGCCUGCGAGACGCCCAGAAUCGCCAAGUCGAGCGCUUCCGAGCCGCUGACCAACGCUUUCAAGACUAAAGACGACGAAUGGAGAUGCGAGGUGUGUUUGAUUAUGAACAAGUCCGAUCGAGGCAAGUGCCAAUGUUGCGAGGCCUCCAAGCCGGGAACUAGCACUAAUGUGGUGGUGAAGGAUUGCGAAAAGAGGCCGACGACGAAAUUUAACUUCGGCAUCGAUCAGAAAUCCGCGGCUUCCUUCAGCUUCGGAAUACCACCUUCAGCUAAGGCACCUGGGACUCUUGGAACUGCACCAGCUGUAGCAGCGCUUGGGACGGUACCACCGGCGCUGGGGACUGUACCUGCAGCACUCGGGACAGUACCUGGGGCGCUUGGGGCAGCGCCCAAAGCGCCGGCGACGGUACCGGCGGCGCCGGCGACUUUCUCCUUCGGCGUGACUCCCAAAGCGCAGGAGAAGGAAAAGACUGACGAACCCGAUAAGAAGAAGCUCGAUAGCAAAACCGCUCUGCCCGAACCGGUCGCGGCGGUAAAACCCGAUGUAAUCGUGCCAGAAAAAUCGUUUAAAUUCACUCCCGCUACUACGAUGCCCGUCGCGAGCGCCACCACCGGCGAAUCUAGUAACGUUAAAUCGCCGAUUAAAUCGAACAACGUCGAGGCGCUGCCGAAGCCAUCGUUCAAUUUCGGAUCGUCGUUCGAAAAGAAGGACACCGAAGCGAAAUCGACGGUUUCCUUCGAACCGCCGAAGAACGCGUUAUCGAAAGAACCCGAACCGCCGAAACCCGUUCAAUCGCCGGCCUUCUCGUUCGGCGCGAAUAAUUCCUUCGGUCAAAACAAAUCCAUUACUCUGAACAAGAGCGCGUCCGAAGCCAAAGCGGCUCCCACGUUCGGUACGCUCCCGGGGAGUUCCUUCGGCUCGGCCAAGCCGGGCGAAGUGAAGCCCUUCUCGUUCGGGAAAUUCUCCAAAGACGAGGGGCCCGCGGCCGCCGCCAAGCCGGCGUUCAAUUUCGGCUCGUCCGCUUCGGGCUCGCCCGCCGCCCCUUCGUCGGGCUUCAAUUUCGGAUCGAUCGCCAAAGCGCCGGCCGGCGGCGGUUUCAACAGCGCCGCCAACAAGAACGGGAUAUUCACGUUCGGCGCGGCCGCCGCGACGACGACGCCCGCCGCGCCUCCGAAUUCGGCGCCGAAGGCCGGGUUUAAUUUCAGCGCCGCGCCGGCGCCUUCGUUCAAUUUCGGCGCCGGCGGUAGCCAACCGGCAGCUUCGACACAACCAUUGGGAGGCUUCACGUUUACGGCAGCUUUCGAUGCGAACGCAAAACCUUCCUACAAUUUCUCGGACAAACCCGUGGCCUUUUCGGCUUCGCCCGUGAACGGGGGCCUGCUGGCGCCCAGGAAGAUGCGAAAGGCGACGCGGAAAACUCAACAGCGAUAGUUUUGUCGCGGUGUAAAUAUACUGAUGGAACUGAGAAUAUUUGCUAAGAGAAAAAGUGAGUGUAAUAAUCAGUGGGACCGUUGGGACUUUUCGAUAUUGUUUUAUGGAAUAAACGAGCCCGUGGAGUACUAUGUAAUGAUGAUGUAGGCUAAAUGUGAAGUUAGAUAAUUGAUUGAUUGAUUGGUUGAUUGAAAAGUUGUGACGGUCCGACGUUAUCGUAACUUAUUGUGUAUUUUAAUUAUAGUGUGGAACGUGUAAAAAAGAGGGGAAAAUUGUUUUCAGACCGAUAAAUGUUAACUAGGUAUUGUAAUAUUUCGGGCGAUCUGUGAAAAUCGCAGUGAACUGGCGAGUCCGCUUUUUUUGAAUUCCUGUAAUAUAAUGUUGAAAUUAUGAAGAAUUUAUGAUGAUAAAGGACUGACACAGUUGAGUUGAUGUUCACAGAUGCGUUUGAUAAUAUAGGGUGUUUUUUUUUUAAUUAAAUUAUGUUUUCAAUAUUAGCGAUUGAGAUUUCUCUUAUUAUAAUGUUCCGGAUUUAGCGAAAAAUUGUUUUUAGUUUCUGCCUAUUAUUGAAUGGAUACAAUAAACUAUGCUUAAAAGUUAACUGGACAUUGAUUUCUCGUAACUAUCUUAUUUGCGAAUAUUGAAAAAUAUAUCCAACACGUAUGUGCGUAGUACAUUAAAACGUACGACCCACGAUACUCCUAUGCUGUAAAUCUUAGUGUAAGCAUUUUAAUGGUCUGAUCCAUAGAAUGUAGAAUUUUCUUCGAUAUUAUUCCCCGAUGAUUGAAUGGCGGAAUUAGCGAAAACAUUUGAUGAAUGAUUUGAAUUGAACAUUAGCGUUGUAAUACUGACACGUUAAAGGCUUUUUCUGUGAUAUUCUCAUGGGUCAGGCCCCAUACCUACAUUAUCUAGUAAUAAGUAAUGUACAUGGUUAAUCUUAGUGCAGAGCAUGGGCAAAACGGUUAACUGAUGAUGAAACAUUUACCAAUAGACUGAUGAUAAAAUUUCAUGUUUUCAACUCAUCAAAUUUUACUUGUAAUAGCAACGGCGUUGAUAUUGAAUUUUUUUAGUUAUGAUACCUAAAAUAGGUGGAAUAUUUUCAUCGUUUUGUCCGUGUCCGUGUGGAUAAGUAGACUCACUCCUUACAAUAAAUAUGAAAGAAAAAGAAUGAUUUUUUUAAGAACGAGGUAACUGAUACUUCACAAGUGAAUUUUUAUACUGGCUGUUUACGGAUUGUUAAUAGUACAAAAAAUAUAAUUUUUUGAGCAUCGGCAGCGAAAGUUUCGAAUCUCUGUCAUAAAAUUAACGAUUAUUUUUUAAACGAAUAAUAGUUUUAUUUAGUAUUUUUAACGUAAUACAAUAAUAAUUGUUCCAAUGCGUUUUUUAAGAGUGGUUAAACAAACAUAGCGUUGAAUCAUUUGUACUUUUUUUAAAUUUAUUUAAUUACUAUUUUACUUAAUGCAUAUUUGUGAAUAUUCAGUGAACAUAAAAUACGUACGUUUUUUUGCAUAAUAAAGACUGACUACUAACUGGUUAAUUUCGCUAAUUUAUCGAUCUAAUGGAGCCUGAUCCACUAAUUAACUUACCUAUUUUAACAUCUAAUUAGUUCAGCAACACUGUUUUUUUUAUGUGAUUAUUUCUCACUUAUAAAUGAACGAAAAUUUUACCCGUAUAUUUUUAUAUUUCAUCGCAUAUUGUGUAAAUUUUACGUACAAUAUCUGAAGAGUUUAACCACUCGAAAAAAACGUCCCAACUUUCCUACAAAUGAGGACUAAUCAGCCUUAUUCAGCAGAAG